GUCUUCAUCUAGACUAUGUUUCCUUGUAGUAGGGGAACACCAGGUCAUGCGAAAAAGUUUGCAUUUCUUGGCUCAUUUUUUUUUUGCUAUCGACGUAGUGGAAGACGAUUUCGUGAUCCGCACAGGCACGUAGACACUACUGCAGCAUGUAUCGACCUCUUUGUCCAAAGACGAUUUCUAAGUUAUAAUUCUUUUUCUAUAUCAAAGAUGUACGCUAUGCAGAAAAAACAAAAUAAAACACAUGAGGGAUACUCUAGAUAUGAUCGAGGCGGUGGUAUCAGACGCCGUGAGAGUAGCUCAUGCAUGCGACCGCUCCAAUCAUCUGUACAGGCUCGUGGAGAAGCAGAAAUUGUUUUCCCGAAAACCCUCAAAAGCGGUCGCUUUGAGCAGCAUAACACGCGGUCUCAGCGAAUUUUUUUUGAAAAUUCAAAGAACGCUGAAGGUUUUUUUAAACAGCAACAAAUAGACCGAGAAUAUAUCCAGAGAAUGCGAGAGGCUGAACACGACAAAGAUAUUGAUCGCCGUUUCUUUUCACGAAUUAAUGAUUACAGGGAUAUCGCAGAUACUGACCCAUACGCGGAAGUGUUUGGCGAGAGUGCCAGCACUCGCCGUCUACGUACUGCAGCCUGGCAGCGCCAGUUUGAAAAGGAAAACGAAGAUGUAGAGCUUCCAUAUGAACGAACUAAUUCUAUUGCGCGGUUGGCACCAAACUGGUUCGUACGGUAUUUAAUCAAUUUGCGUGAUAGUGGCGGUUCGGAUCAUCUAUACUUUUUGGUGGCUCUUGGUAUUUUGGCUGUGGCCCUACUAAGCAGUGCUAUAUAUAUGUUCCGUGCGCAUCCUAGGAAGGCGAAACCAAUUAGUGAAAUUCGAUGA